GCCCCUCUCCUUGCCUUUCUUUAGAAAAAAAAAAAACGUUAAACCAUCGUGAUUCAAAUCCACUUACCACCGUUGACCACAACCUCUCGCCCAUGGCUUCCUUCUCUAUCUCGUCUCCCACACUUUUUUCUCCCCAGAACGAGCUUCCCCAUUCUCUAUCUCUCCGGUCGAGCUUUUUCAGCGCCAAAUUUGCGCCGAAAUCGCUGGUUCCGACACCGAGGAUACGACGUGUCGCUUCCGAGUUACUUCUUGUCGCUGCCUCUCACCGUUCCUUCGACGUUGUGGUUGUCGGCGGCGGGAUCAUCGGGUUGACCAUUGCCCGACAGUUCCUUCUCGGGUCGGAUCUUUCCGUGGCUGUUGUCGAUAAAGCCGUCCCCUGCUCCGGCGCCACCGGUGCCGGACAGGGAUAUAUAUGGAUGACCCACAAGAAACCGGGCACCAGUAUAUGGGAUUUGGCGAUGAGGAGUCAUGCACUCUGGCAGAAGCUGGUCAGGAGCCUAAGUGAUGAAGGGCUUGAUCCUGAAGAGACUCUCGGAUGGAAAAACACAGGAAGCUUGCUCGUUGGAAGAACCCCUGAAGAGUGUGUUGCUUUGAAAAAGAAGGUUCGCGAGCUAUCUGAAGCUGGGUUGAGAUCCGAGUAUUUGUCUAGCUCUGAUUUACUUCUUAAGGAACCUGCCCUUCUUGUGGAUAGUGAUACUGGAGCUGCGUUUCUUCCCGAUGAUUCCCAGAUAGAUGCUCAUCGAGCCGUUGUGUUUAUCGAGAAGGGUAAUAGAAAGCUAGCAUCAGAAGGCAGAUACGCAGAGUUCUACCAUGAACCAGUUACAGGUUUAAUAAGGCUUGAUGGGAAUAAACAGGUCUAUGGUGUUCAAACAUCAAAAUCCUCCUUGUAUGGUAAGAAGGCUAUUAUAGUUGCUGCCGGUUGCUGGAGUGGAUCUCUGAUGCAUGAAUUGCUGAAAGACUCCAAUAUCUCGGUGGAUGUUCCCGUGAAGCCUCGGAAGGGUCAUCUGCUAGUGGUUGAGAAUUUUGAUUCGUUCCAUUUGAACCAUGGGCUGAUGGAGGCUGGUUAUGUGGACCAUCAAAGUAGAACUCCGAGUCACCCUUCUUCACUUCUAGGGUCUGAUGACGAUGACGUAGAGCGAAUGUUAUCUAUUUCUAUGACUGCCACAAUGGACAACAUGGAAAACCUUGUUCUUGGGAGCAGCCGGGAGUUUGCGGGGUUCAAUACCGAUGCUGAUGAUUCUAUAAUCCGAUGCAUAUGGGAUCGUGCAGGAGAGUUCUUCCCCAAGUUGAGAGAAAUGCCUCUGGAAGACUUCAUCCGUAACAGGAAAGUGAGAGUCGGGUUGCGCCCUUACAUGCCGGAUGGGAAGCCAGUGAUAGGAGCUGUGCCUGGAUUACCAAAUCUGUACUUGGCAGCUGGGCAUGAAGGAGGGGGACUUUCCAUGGCUCUCGGAACAGCGGAAAUGGUUUCCGACAUGGUGUUAGGGAAUCCAUUACACGUCGAUAGUUCAGCAUUUGCCGUUCACGGCCGCUGCUGCUGAGGGACAUGGCCGUACAUCAUCUCAAAGGAUUGAAAGCACUUUUCUUUGUGACAUGUUCUAAUGUUUUUGCAUUGCAGAACCUUCCCUCUUCGAUGCCCUUGUCCUUUCUGGAGGAAUUUUUUUCCCGGCUUUUCGGGCAAGAAGAUCAUCGACUCACUUAUCAUCUCGUAGAAGAUAGAUUUGAUCGAUCCCACGUAUCAGAACAUCGUUCAUCCGGCUUGAGGUUAAACAUGUUGUGUCCGAUUCGUUUCUGGAGUCGUCGUCAUCGUUUUCUUCGGAAUAUUUAUAUUUAAA